AUGGCGCCGUCCGCGUUGCUGCGCCCAUUCUGGAAGCUGCUGUCCCCGGCUAGGUUCCCGAGUGUCUCUUCAUCGCGGUCAAAGUUCUACGUUCGGGAACCGCCGCAUGGCAGCCCUAACUGGCCGAAAGUUGGAUUGACCUUGGGCACAUCCGUUUUUUUGUGGAUCUAUCUCAUCAAACAACAUAAUGAAGAUGUUUUAGAGUAUAAAAGAAGAAAUGGGUUGGAAUAA